CACCUGUAGCUGUUUUUAUAGGUACAAUGUAAGCUGAGACAGUCAAAAUGCUGUUAAAACAGGAGGGACUACUGCACAAAGGCCCCGAAUUCUGCCAAGCUGUGAAAUUUGUUAUCAAGCUACAGAUAUCAACAUUGUUGCAGCAGCUCGCAGAGUCCGGAGAGGAAUCAGUGGUCCUAACUGCCAAUGUCUUAGAAGGGACAGCAGAUCACCUUGGAUCCAACCGAGGGGCAGGGUUCCUUGAAGAUCAUGAACAGCUUCAGAAACAAUUUCUCUCUUACUGUGCAGAAACUAGAAGACUUUCAGUUGACGAAGAAGCUGAUAAUCUACCUCCGCGAAGUUCAUUAAGUGAUAAUAAUUUACUCUCCCCUACUCUUGUAUCUUCUGUGUCACCAUAUCAUAGAUCUGAGCCAGUGAGAAGCAGAUAUGACAGGGAGAGCAGUACCUCAGACUCAGUUUUCUCCCCUGAUCGACGGAAGAGUUCUGCAAGCUCAAAGAGUUUGGACGAGGAUGUGGCGAUGCUUACGAGUCAGGAAUAUUCUGAUACUCCACGAUCUCUCAGUGAUUCAUCGACAAAUUGGCCUCCCGAUACAUCUGGAGUCUCAUUGGAUACUGGUGACAGAGGGGCGGGGCUUAGAUACGGUAUAAAUAGAAGUCCCACCUGCAGAACAGCUGAAUUGUCAGAUAGGUUGAAACAUACAUCAAAGAGCCCUAUGAGUGAUAGUGUGGAAAAUAUCAAACAUAUUACAUUAUCUAGUCCGUCUGAAUUUCAGUAUAGAAAAUACCAUCAUCAACAUUCUGGAAACUAUCCGACUGUUAGUGCGGGUGCGUAUGAUCCGCAAAGACUGCCACCGAUGUUCGAGUUCUCUAAACCGGCUCAGUUUCCGGCUUCAGCAGGCUCUGAGGAAAAUAGUUUGUCGUACAGUUCAAAAUCAAACAGUGGAAUAGCGACAACAAUGUCAUCGACAACUGAAGAAGAAAUGUCAGAAAUUAGUCCAGGAAAUGCGGGUCAGUCUGGUACGGGUGUUAAAUUAGCUUAUAGCAGCGAAUCUUCUCCAAAUACCGCAAAUACAACAGAAGCGGUGUUCUCACCCUAUGUUAUGUAUAAGGUACCUUUCUCAAAUUACUCUGACAGAGGGAUAAGGCAGCGGACGUCAUCAGAAAAUUACAAGCAGGGAUAUGAAGAGGAGGGCGGCGAAAAUAAGUACAAGUCUCAGUAUCCGACUCAAGACGGGGCUCAGGGGUCCCAGUCUGAAACAGAAACAUAUUGCGGAGCGGAGAGCAGGGAGUAUCAGUCAGAAUUGGGUGAAAUUUAUCGACUGCCCAAAAAACUUGAAUCAAAAAUGUAUAAACAGAGUAGCUCAGUGAGAAAGCAUCCAAAAAGUGGUACGGAACGUAGAAGUUCUGAAACUUUGUCUGUUCAUAGUUUUGAAUCGAGUUCAAGCCAGUCUGUCAUUCACGUGAAGGAUGAAGAUACAAGCACAGGUGACACAGUGAAAAGCCCGGAUGUGAUCUCGCAAAGCGAAAUUUCAAAAAGUUUUGAGGAGGCGGUAAAAAUACAACAGAGUAUAUUUCAUUCUAGCUUAGGCCUAUUUUCUCCCCUACAAAGACAGUUUCUUCAACCGACCAGGCCAUGUCCUCAACGUGAAAGAAGCCAGUCCUUGAGUGAUUUUCAUACAUUGACUUCUCCUGAAAUGGUGACACACGUUGGUCGUGCUCGUUUCCCAAGUUCAAGUUAUGCUGAAAAUUUGGACACUCCUCUUGUUAUUGACGAUGAUUCAAAAACAGAAGGUGAUACGCGGGAAGGGCUUGAUUUAAGUAAUAAAAAACGUAAAAUGUCAGUAGAUGAUAUCUACACCUCGGCGGCAGAUGACCAGAUGGAAGCGGCUGGUGUAAAUGUACCAGCCAAUCAGAACGAAGAACAAGAAUACGAAAGACUGAUGCAGGCUCAAAGUGGCGGCGCUACAGGAAGGGACGAUUCGUCGUCUGGAAGUACGAAGAAAUAUGGAAAGGGUAACUUUAUCAAAGUUGCAACAGGUUAUCAGUGUAGAAUUUGUUGCCGUGUUAUACGGCACAUGAAUAAUACGACAGCACAUAUGCGUAUUCAUGCAAACGUGAAGCCGUACAAAUGCCAGGUGUGCAAUCAGCAAUUCAAAUACGAAGUUGAUCGCCGUUACCAUUUCUCCAAGAAUCACGUGGAUCUCUUUUCAAAAAUGUACUUUCCCGAAGAAAAGAAAUCAGGAUGAUUUUACAAUUAUUAUAACAUAAAAAAAUUCAAAUAGAGCGGGUCAGAAUGAUCAGGGAUGUGCACUUACCUCCAUUUGUCAGAUUUUUUUCUGCAUUUGUCAGAUAAUUUUUCUGGAUUUGUCAGAUUUUUUCAGGACAAUUUCUGUUCAUUUCUUUUUAUAUACCUCUGGUAAUGGUUAUUUUUUUCUAUCAAUGCAUUUUUCACAGUUUUUAUUUUUUUAAAUGAAAAUGUUAAAAAAAUUACACUGCCUUUAUACACUGUCUUAAAAAACUACGGAUUUCGGAACUCCAUUUUAGAGUUUCGUCAUGGAAACAGAACUUUUUUCUAAACAAAGUUAUUAUUUGACAGUAGCGAAUAAAUGAAAUUGAACAUUUUCUAGAAAAAGCAGGAUUCUAUUCAAAGAUGUUUUUCAAGGCAGUGUGUUUUAAGUUCAUGAUAUUUUUUCUUAAAUGUUUACGUAAAAAUCUUCAAGUAACCUGAUACCUGAUUAUGUUGUUUGUUUUUCAUGGAAAGUAUUAUAAAAUCUUCAUUUUAAUGUUUCAAAUAUUCAGUUAACUUGUAUAGUUGAUACAAAUAUAAGGUAUUGAUUCUGUUCAAAGCCCUUUUCCCAUAGAAAUACACAUUUAUGCUUUUUACAUGAAAAAAACUAAGAUGACUAAAGCCAAUUGCUGGUACUAUGGUGGGCUGUUAUCAUGUCACACUUUCGUAUUUUGCUGGUAGGUCUUAGGGUACUGUAGUACCAGUAUUUAUAGAGGCAGAAUAUAGCCUUUAUUUUAAAGUUCCAUUAGGCUUUAAUUUUCCUGUUAAGAACAAAUGAAUGGACUCUAGGUGUUACGCAUACUUACUUUGAUAGCAAAGCACUAGUUUCAAUACUGCUCAUGAACUUACACAAUUAGCACCAUAAAGGGAGGUAAUAAAAAACAAUGGAUUUAGUAAAUUUUUUGUCUAUUUUUUAUAUAUAAUAAGACCUUUGAGAAAUAUUGGAGAAAACAUCUAUCGAAAAUAUGAUUUGUCGCCCAGUCGCUUAGCUCAGUAGGGAGUGUGGGCUUUAUACAGGACUGUUGUCUAGAAUUUGGAUUUUCAGUUAAACCAUUGUCUAAAAUAAGGGUUUUAAUAGAAAAAUUAUUAAAAGUGGGGCUUGAGCUUUUAUUUGAACUCGUGUUGAGAAAGGGGACUUUGAAUUGGAAUCGUUACCUUAUUUUGUUUUUGAAAUAGAAACAUAAAUAAUCAGUAAGUUUUUAUAUGACAUUAUAAAUGUUAUGUAAAUUUUUGAUGACAAACUUACAUGAGCAGCGCCAUGAGAAAACCAACAUAGUGGGUUUGCGACCAGCAUGGAUCCAGACCAGCCUGCGCAUCCGUGCAGUCUGGUCAGGAUCCAUGCUGUUCGCUUUCAAAGCCUACUGCAAUUAGAGAAACUGAUUGCGAACAGCAUGGAUCCUGCGCAGAUGCCCAGGCUGGUCUGGAUCCAUGCUGGUCGCAAACCCACUAUGUUGGUUUUUUCAUGGCACGGCUCACAUUGUUGAUCAGGAAGCAUCAGAACCUAGGUUGUGCAUUUGAUAUGUUUAUAAAGUUGUUGUUGUUGUUAUCAGUAUGUAAAUAUUGUGACCUUCAUGCUUAAAGCUUUUAAUAUUUUUCUCUGUUAUUAUAAUUAUUACGGUAUAAUUUUGUGUUUGUAAAUACUGUCUUUCCUAAUUGUUUAACUACUGAUUAAAUGUUGUUUUUUUUUUUUUUUUUUUAGCUCACCUGUCACAUAGUGACAAGGUGAGCUUUUGUGAUCACGCAGCGUCCGUCGUCCGUGCAUGCGUUCGUCCGUCCGUAAACUUUUGCUUGUGACCACUCUAGAGGUCACAUUUUUUGUGGGAUCUUUAUAAAAGUUGGUCAGAAUGUUCAUCUUGAUGUUAUCUAGGUCAAGUUCGAAACUGGGUCAUGUGCCGUCAAAAACUAGGUCAGUAGGUCUAAAAAUAGAAAAACCUUGUGACCUCUCUAGAGGCCACAUAUUUAUUGCACAAGAGCUUCAUGAAAAUUGGUCAGAAUGUUCACCUUGAUAAUAUCUAGGUCAAGUUCGAAACUGGGUCACGUGCCAUCAAAAACUAGGUCAGUAGGUCUAAAAAUAGAAAAACGUUGUGACCUCUUUAGAGGCCAUAUAUUUCAUGAGAUCUUCAUGAAAAUUGGUCAGAAUGUUCACCUUGAUGAUAUCUAGGUCAAGUUCGCAAGUGGGUCACAUACCAUCAAAAUCUAGGUCAGUAGGUCAAAUAAUAGAUAAACCUUGUGACCUCUCUAGAGGCCAUAUUUUUCAUGGGAUCUGUAUGAAAGUUGGUCUGAAUGUUCAUCUUGAUGAUAUCUAGGUCAAGUUCGAAAGUGGGUCACGUGCCAUCAAAAACUAGAUCAAUAGGUCAAAUAAUAGAAAAACCUUGUGACCUCUCUAAAGGCCAUAUUUUUCAUGGGAUCUGUAUGAAUGUUGGUCUAAGUGUUCACCUUGAUGAUAUCUAGGUCAAGUUCGAAACUGGGUCAUGUUCGGUCAAAAGCUAGAUCAGUAGAUCUAAAAAUAGAAAAACCUUGUGACUUCUCUAGAGGCCAUACUUUUUAAUUGAUCUUCAUAAAAAUUGGUCAGAAUGUUCAUCUUGAUGAUAUCUAGGUCAUGUUCGAAAGUGGGUCACGUGCCAUCAAAAAGUAGGUCAGUAGGUCAAAUAAUGAAAAAACAUUGUGACCUCUCUAGAGGCCAUAUUUUUCAUGGGAUCUGUAUGAAAGUUGGUCUGAAUGUUUAUCUUGAUGAUAUAUAGGUCAAGUUUGAACUGGGUCAACUGCGAUCAAAAUCUAGGUCAGUAGGUCUUGAAAUAGAAAAACCUUGUGACCUCUCUAGAGGCCAUACCCUUGAAUGGAUCUUCAUGAAAAUUGGUCAGAAUGUUAACCUUGAUGAUAUCUAGGUCAAGUUUGAAACUGGGUCACGUGCCUUAAAAAACUAGGUCAGUAGGUCAAAUAAUAAAAAAACCUUGUGACCUCUCUAGAGGCCAUACUUUUCAUGGGAUCUGUAUGAAAGUUGGUCUGAUUGUUCAUCUUGAUGAUAUCUAGGUCAAGUUUAAAAAUGGGUCAGCUGCUUUCAAAAACUACGUCAGUAGGUCUAAAAUUAUUAAAAUCUUUAGACCUCUCUAGAGGCCAUAUUUUUCAAUGGAUCUUCAUGAAAAUUGAUCUGAAUGUUCACCUUGAUGAUAUCUAGGUCAGUUUCGAAACUGGGUCACGUGCGGUCAAAAUGUAGGCCAGUAGGUAUAAAAAUAGAAAAACCUUGUGACCUCUCUAGAGGCCAUAUUUUUCAUUAGAUCUUCUUGAAAAUGAGUGAGAAUGUUCACCUUGAUGAUAUCUAGGUAAAGUUCAAAACAGGGUCACGUACCUUCGAAAACUAGGUCAAUAGGUCAAAUAAUAGAAAAACCUUGUGACCUCUCUAGAGACCAUAUUUUUCAAUGGAUCUUCAUGAAAAUUGGUCAGAAUUUUUAUCUUGAUAAUAUCUAGGUCAGGUUCAAAACUGGUUCACAUGAGCUCAAAAACUAGGUCACUAUGUCAAAUAAUAGAAAAAACAACGUCAUACUCAAAACUGGGUCAUGUGGGAAGAGGUGAGCGAUUCAGGACCAUCAUGGUCCUCUUGUUUAAAGAAUCUUUGUUAAUGAACAUAUUAAGUUUUUAUAAGAAAUCUUGUAUGUACCGUAGGACAUUUUAUGAGCAUUUGAAGUUACUUGAAUCUUAUGUUUAGUGUGGUAAAGGUAACUUAGAUAUUUUCAGAUUGUAUGACACUGUUAAGAAAGAAGUAAUAUAUGAAAUACCCUGUAGAACUCAAUAGGUAACUUUCACUUGGCUAUUCGAAGAUGAGGUAGUGUUACUGCACUCGCCCAUUCAUGAGCAUCUGCGUCCAUAUUUGGUUAAGUUUUUGUGCAUAAGCUUGUAUCUUAGGAACUACUUGUGAAAAUGAAAUUAAAUAUCAAAAACUUGCUCAAUGUGUUGAUCACAGGUUGCAUUAAUGUAUUUGGCAUUUUUACAAAAUGAUGCCCCAUUUUGGAUUGGGAAGUUUUGAUUAAACUUUCGUAUUUACGGUGGUGUCUUAGCAACCAUCUGUUAUGUUUUGUCCCAUUUUUCGGCUAAUGUAUUCAUAAAAUUUAACUUCUUUCAAUGAAAAGGUUUUAGAAUAGUUGGGCGUUGCUGUCCUCCGACAGCUCAUGUAUUUACAAUUACUAAUGAAAUGAAUAAAAGUUCCUAAUUCUAAAAAUAUGACAAACAGAUGGAGAACUUUCUUUGAGAAUUUAAACGGAUAUAAGAUUGACAAACAUGUAACAAGUCAAGAGUAAAUAUUAUUUAGAUUAAAAACAGAAAAUAUUGUGUAGAGUUAGAUAGUUACACAUCUUGAAAAAUGAAUUUAAAAUAUUAAUAAAUCAGUGGUCUAAAUUUAGAAUAUUAAUACAUUGAUGGUCUCUAUUUAGAAUGAUUAUCCUACAGAUUUCAUAAAUUCUUGAAUGGACACCAUUUAUAUAUUUGGUUAGAGAAGACAGUAUUUGUGUUAAACCCUCGCAGUAUUCUAUGUUUUAGCAUGCUUAUUAUAUCUGUUUAUUUUGUUAUUGACAUAGUAUGAAUGUUUCCGGUAAUUUACUCGUUAGAUAAUUGUUAUUUGAUUGUUAUUUGUUAUACCUAGUGAUUCAGGUUACAGAGUAACGCGGUUACAAACUUUUCUUUUUUCUUUUUUUUUUUAAUAAUCAAAGCCUUUUUAGAGCUAUCUGUUUAACAGAUUUUUGUGAUAAGUGGAAAUAGUUUAGCAGUUCAGGAGACGGGAUUCUUGUUAGCUCACCAAAUUUUUGAUUAGUGUUUGUGAUGUGUGGUUCAUUCAAUUCUCUUUCACAGAGUUGUCCUUCCUGACCACAGAGUUGUCCUUUCUGGUAUGGAACAAAAUUCAGGGCCUUUAAAAAGUUAAGAGGACUGGUCAAGGAAAUGAUAGAGAGCAAAAUAGAAUGGGCAGUUUUUCUUUUAAAAUUACUUAACACACUGUUCAGUUUUGUCAAAGGCUGAGAUGCUUGUUAAGUUAAUUGCAAAAAAAAAAAAGGCAUUUUCACAGCUAAACAAGAUCUCGUUUGUUUAUCUUAAGAUUUGGUGAGAUUUUAUGAGAUGUGGAACCAAAAUUUGUAGUCCUGUUUGGUGCCAUAUAACCUGUUCUGUGUUGGUGUGCCGUAAAACCCAAAUAAAUAAAUAAAAUGUAAUAGGGUAACGAUUUACUGUGAAGUCAUUAAAUUUCGUGGGCAAGAAAUUUCACAGUUUGGCAAUAUUGGCUUUUUCAUAGAGGUAUGAAUUUGUGGAUUGCAAAUUUUGAACAUGGAAUGAAUGGGGAUUUUAAUUGUUCAUUUGGAUUUAAAUUCAUUCAAACUUUUCCAUAGAUUAACUUAACUGCAAUAUCCUUAUAAUUAGUCCCAUGUGAAAAAUGUAUGAUUUUAAUGUAUCAGUACUUUAUAUAUGAAUUAAAGUCCUAUUCUAGAAUUUGUCCACCCACUUAGCUCAAUAUUGAAUUUGCAGAUCUUCGGGUGUCAUGAGUUCCAUCCCUUUGCGAGACAUAUAUUUUCCAUGACCAUUUGAUAAAAGCGAUUACGUCUGAAAUCAUUCGUCCUUCACCUCUGAUUCAUUUGGGAAAGUGACAUUUACUUACAGAAGACGGGAUUGUACUGGUACAGAAAUCAGAAACACUGAUUAGGUUAACUGCCCACGUUUACAUAACUGAAAUACUGUUGAAAAAAGGUGUUGUACCCAAAACAAACAAACAAAAUGUUUCAAAAUUGACAUGACAUUGCUAAGGUGAGCUAACAAGACUCGGUUACCUGUUAUAUAUUGUUGUUACAGGAAAAAAUCACUCAUGAAUGGAUAACCGGUUAUUGUUACUUUGAAGUAUAUAAAUAAAUGUUUCAAAAUUUUAUUUUUCAUGUUAUUAAAACUGUGUAUGUUUGUUGAAUCUGCCCAUGAAAUGGGUUCUAUUUUCCCGCUGUUAAGUGCUGUAAAAAUGCAAGUUUGAUAUUUGUUGACCGUUAAGUUGCUGCGGUAUACAUGUAUUGUUAGAAAUGUUUAUAUCGUAAUUGUGAGACAAAAUUAUUUUUCCCGUAUUUUAUAUUGACAUGAAUAAUCCUGUUAUUUUUCACCAGAUUCUAUAACUUGCUUCGUUAUAAGUGGAUACCACAUGUAAACAUCCUUGACCUAUUCCAUCAAUGCUUCAUGUAAAACAAAAGACUUAAGACAGUCAGAUACUUAAAUUUACAGUUCACAUUAUUUUAUUUAAUUCUAUACAUAUUUUUCUCUUCCAAUCAGUGUUUGGCAUUUGUACCAUGCAACCAUACACUAUAUUUUUUUUAUUGGAUACAGGACAAUGCUACAACUUUAAUUGGAAUCUCUGUGUUAAGGAAAUAAUAAAAAAACACUGACAAUACAAAGUUAUCUAUUUAGGCCAAGUGAACAAGAAUUAAUGUUACUGAUUUUCAAGAAUAAGUUUUUCAAUAUGGAUAAGUAGCUUUCUAAUACUUAAAUACAAGCAAAAUGUACAUUUAUUUUCUGUAUGAAGAUAAAUGACAUGGUUUUAAAACACAGUAGAAACCUUACAUCAGGGAAUUUUGUAGCUUAUAAUAAUAGUUACGAUAUUUAUUCACCUAUUAGAUGGUAUUUUCUCCGUAAAAAUCAGUGUGUUUGCCUUGUCUAAUAAGUGAGACAAUGUCGUUUAUAAAGCAGUGUGCAAUUUACUGCCAAUUUUGAAGUAAUGUGAAGGGCCCGUCUUAUAAAAAGAUCAUCUUAUAGAUGGAUAAAUACGGUAAGCAAUUAAUUAUGAUAAUUAAAUAUAAAGAUAGUAUUUGGAGGAAGUGGAUAUUGAACUAGGGCCCGUCUUAUAAAAAGAUCAUCUUAUAGAUGGAUAAAUAUGGUAAGCAAUUAAUUAUGAUAAUUAAAUAUAAAGAUAGUAUUUGGAAGAAGUGGAUAUUGAACUCUGGAUUGACUCAUAUCAGGUUGACUUAUGAUUAUUAAUUGACUGUUAAUUGUUUAAUGAUCUGUUACAAAUAUUUCGCUUUUAUAGGCUGUUGUUAAAGGUAAAAGACAAUGAUGAUAACCAGUCUCUGUUCAAUUAGAUAUUAUCACAGUUCCUCUGCUGGUACACAGAAAAAUGCCAAAAUAGCAUUAACUUAACAUGUUAUAUAAUGGAAUAGAAAUUGUAAAUCAUCAUUAUGGAUGUACCACCUUAAAAGUGCUGAAAAUGGGUGCACUUCCUUAAAGUGCUGAAAUCUGUCUUACAUUUGUUAUUUGUUGUACCUGAAUGCCACAAUAGAGCUGUGUUAUAUAUAGUUAAAAUGUUGUUGUUUAGUGAAAUCUUUUGUAACAAUUACAAAAUAUUUCUUAUAUAUCGAGAUAUUUUUAUUGAAUCAUUGAAACAUUUUAGAACAUGUUCCAGUACAUUCAACAUGUCUUUUUGAAAUCAUAAAACCUCAACUCCUGGAUAUUGCUAGCGAAAUUUUUUAAAAUUUAAAAGACAUUGCAACUUUUUAGCAGUUUGGUUUCUGCUGGCAACAUGUGCCCAGGGACUUCUUUAGCAAUGAGUUUUAUUCAGAUUUAUGGGGUAAUCCUCAGCACAGAAGUUAUUGAUAUUUGCUAACAUCUGUGUCAUUCUCUUAAGAAAUAUAUACAUACACAUGCUGUAUGUGAGAAAAAAUUAAUGUUGAAAUUCUCUUAACAGAAAUUCAAGGGGCCCGUUUGGUUGAGUGACUAAGGUCCCAGAUUUUGAACCUUUGUUGGUUCUCCAGAGGAAGCUUCCUGGCUAGCUUGUACUACCCAGGUGCCUGUCUGCACCUGAAAGAAUGCUGGAAGAUGCAGCUGGGGUCGUCAUCCAUUAUUAGUCCCAUACUGGUUGAAAACCAGUUUUGGGGACUAUAGGAAUGCUCUUUUCCGUCAUUCCGUCUUUCCGUCAUUCCGUCUUUCCGUCAUUCCGUCAUUCUGUCAUUCCGUCAUUCCGUCCGUCCGCAAUUUCGUGUCCGGUCCAUAACUCUGUCAUCCAUGAAGGGAUUUUAAUAUUACUUGGCACAAAUGUUCCCCAUGAUGAGACGACGUGUCAUGCGCAAAACCCGGACCCCUAGCUCAAAGGUCAAGGUCACAAUAGGAGGUCAAAGGUCAACAGGGCUUUUUUCCUGUCCGGUCCACAACUCUCCCAUCCUUGAAGGGAUUUUAGUAUUACUUGGCACAAAUGUUCCCCAUGAUAAGAUGAUGUGUCAUGCGCAAAUCCCGGACCCCUAGCUCAAAGGUCAAGGUCACAAUUGGAGGUCAAAGGUCAACAGGGCUUUUUUCCUGUCCGGUCCAUAACUCUCCCAUCCAUGAAGAGAUUUUAAUAUUACUUGGCACAAAUGUUCCCCAUGAGGAGACGAUGUGUCAUGCGCAAAACCUGGACCCCUAGCUUAAAGGUCAAGGUCACAAUUGGAGGUCAAAGGUCAACAAGGCUUUUUUCCUGUCCGGUCCAUUACUCUCCCAUCUAUGAAGGGAUUUUAAUAUUACUUGGCACAAAUAUACCUCAUAAUAAGAUGUGUCAUGCACAACUUUCAAACCCCUAGCUCAAAGGUCAAGGUCACACUUAGCAGUCAAAUGUUAACAUAGCAUGAACAGGGUCUGUUUCGUGUCCGGUCCAUAACUCUGACAUUCAUUAAGGGAUUUUAAUAUCACUUAGCACAAGUGUUUCCCAUGAUGAGACGACGUGUCAGGCGCAAAUCCCGGACCCCUAGCUCAAAGGUCAAGGUCACAAUUGGGGGUCAAAGGUCAACAGAGUUUUUUUCCUGUCCCGUCCAUAACUCUGCCAUCCAUGAAGGGAUUUUAAUAUUACUUGGCACAAAUGUUUCCCAUGAUGAGACGACGUGCCAUGCGCAAACCCAGUACCCUAGCUUAAAGGUCAAGGUCACACUUUGCGAUCAAAGGUCAAGAGGAUUUUUUUCCUGUCCGGUCUAUAACUUUGUCAUGCAAAGCAGGAUUUAGAUAUCAGUUGGCACAAAUAUUCCCCUGGAUGAGACAACAUGUCAUGCGCAAGAACCAGGUCCCUAGCUCUAAGGUCAAGGUCAUAUUUAGAGGUGAAAGGUCAAAUUCAAGAAUGACUUUGUACGGAACAUUUCUUCUUCAUGCAUAGAGGGAUUUUGAUGUAACUUGGACAAAAUGUUCACCACCAUGAGGCACCCUUGUUUUUAGAAUUACGUCCCUUUGUUGUUACUAUAAAUAGAUUUUAUUGUAACUUUUUUAUUACUGGCGGUAGAGAAAAAUCGAGACUACAGCAUGCAUGUUACAUCCAAUUUUUAGGUGUAUUUUGACCUAUCUCUACCUGGUAAAGAGUUUCUUGUGGACUUAUAUUAUUAUUAUUAUUUUUUUUUUUUUUCUUUUUUUUUUUAAAGAUUAAUUUCCCUUUGUUGUUACUAUAAAUAACUUACAUGAUAACAUUUUUAUAAUCAGCCCAAAAAAAUUCAGUAUGAAAACAACUGUGGGUUUUUAUAUAUGCACAUUUUAAUCCAAGUGUGUUGUUAUAAUGUUAUAACAUAUUGUAUAUGUAGUACAAUAUUGUUUAUACAUCAUUGACAGAUAUCAGUUCAUUAUGUUAUACUGCAGUAGAAAAAAUUAGGUGCCUUCCAGUAGGGGACUUUGUAUUGCAUGGCAAUACUUCAUUCACUUGUUAGAACUGGAAAAUUACAGAAUGACUUAAAAUUAUGUUGGUCAGACCUAAAACUAACAAGAAAAACAUGUAAAUUUCAAAUAAUCUAAUAAAUACCACAACAAUUAAUAUUGGUACAGUAAAAUUAUUCCAACAAGAUUUGCUCUGCAACAUGUUCUGUGAAAUAAAAAGAGCUUGAUUUCUAUUUUAACAUAAUGUGUUUGUUCUGGAACAUGUUCUGUGAUAUAUAUAGAGCUCAUUUCCAUUUUAACAUAUUUGUAGUAUUGCUUGAAAUUGUAGAUAUUAUUUUUCUUCUCUCUUUUUUAAGUUUAUAAACUCAGUUAUAGCUUAAGUUGACACCCCCUUCUCUUUCCUAACAAAUUUCCUAAAAAAAUCAUUGUAAACAUAAGUUUGAUCGCAUUAUUGUAAAAGAGAAGAUUUGAAUAUAAAAAGGAACAAAUUCAACUAUAAACUCUUUGUUUAAAAGGAGUUUUUGACUUUUGACAGAUUUGUAAUGUUUGCUGUCUGUGUUAUGCAGUUCAUUUUUUUAUGAUGUUCAUACAAAGGUGUACACAUUUAGAUUUGUUGAAAUGAACAAGUUUUGCAAUGAUUUUCUGCACCUUUUUAUCAACCAGUUUAAAAUGUCAACAAACAUUUUAAGUAUUUAUUUAAAAACAUGAGAACAUAAGGAACUUUUUUUAUAACCGUUUUCCUCAGGAACUCCUUGUAUUGCAUUUUUUUCCCUCUAAUGCAGCUACUAUUACACAUAUGACUGUAAUUGUAAUUACACUGAACAAUUUAUUUUUAUUAAUGUAUCUGCUAUUACAUUGUUUUGGGCUGUAUUUGUAAUUAGGGUUACUAAUGCAGUUACUAUUACUAAUUUGUAAUUGUAAUAAGUUUGAGAAAUUACUAUUUCAUCUUUUGUAAUACAUAUACUAUCACAUGUAUGACUUACUAAUUACUAUUACAGGUUUCCACUAAUGCAGCUACUUGUCAUACAUGACAGUAUUUGUAAUUGAAAUUACUAUUACGUUUUCACUAAUGAAGCUACUGUUGCACAUAUGGUUGUAAUUGUAAUUAAUCUGAAUAAUUACUUUUGAUUUUGAAAGAACAAAAUUGUAGUGGUUAAAAUGAUUUGUUAACAGUAUUUGGUGUAUGUUUCUUACAGAUAUUACAUUGUCAAUUACGAGAGUUACUUUCAGUGAAUUGGUAUAAGAUGGUCAAGAAAUACAUUACAUCGUUAACUUAGUUGUAUAGUUAAGUUACAUAAAUGCUACUGGUUUUAUGUUGUAUCAUAGAAAUAUGAAAUUGCAGGCCUGGUUAUUUUACAUAUGUAUAAUUUACCUCUAACACAUUGCUGGUAACAUUUGAUCAAGUUAUUCCUCUCAGGUGAUACAGAAAACAAGUGGCUGUUACCAUAGUUACUCACUUAUAAUACAAGGUUUUUCUCAUUAAAAAUCAGACCUAAUUUGUCACUAGUUUAAAAGUCAGUCAGUGAAGAAAAUAUACUUUCUUUUUGUACAUUUUGAAUCAAAACUAGUAUUUUACCCCAGCCCUCUACUUUAACACCAUAUUACCUCACAAAUAUUGAAAGAUUUGUUUAAUGUCUGAGUACUGGUAUUUUGAUAAACAGAUAUUUUAUUUCUUGUUUAUAUUUCACAGAUAUCAGAUUACCUCGUUUCUGUUUUAAAGAAUCAGGAUAUUUUUUCAGAACAUUUUUUUUUCUUAGAAAAAAACAGAACAACCAGUCAAUUACCUCAAGUAAUUUUGCCGGAAGAUAAUAUUGGUUAAAAUCAAACACUGAUUUAAUACUGGAUAUAACGGUUAAUUAAUUUUAAAUGUUAAUUAACACUGUUUAAUUACCUCUUAUAAAUAUACCUCAACAUGUAUAUUUUACUGUUAAUGACAUAUAUUUCAAGCGCUUCAGUGAAUUUUGGUACAUGACGUAAGGUGUUGUUUCGUAUUUCUCAAAACAUGCAGUUUUAGCCCCCACCUCGUCCCACCAAAUACCCCCUUUCAGAUUAAGAGUAUAUUUGUGAAUUUCAAUAAUGCCAUUGGAGAAUACUUCAACAAAAUUUUAGUAACUUUUAUCGCAGUUUCUGAAAUGGAAUUUAAGACUGUAUGUGGACUUAAACGUUUAACUUUUUAUUAAAUAUGAAGUUGUGAACAAGUUGCACUUCUUACACUGUUGUCUUUUUUUUCAAUCAUACAUGCUCAAGUUGAGCUAUCGCGAUCACCUUCUGUGUGGCUACCUAAUCCAUUAUCCCAAUCUGUUAUUGACAGUUUUACCCUAGACGUCACAAUCUAGGUUCACUCCGAAUAGCACAUGUUCAGAAUGUUGAAAUCUAUAGAAUCUCAGACUGAUUCAAAAUUGGUCAUCUUUGGUCAAAAACAAGAUCAUUAGUUCAGAUAAUAGUUGACCUUGUUAACACUCUUGAGGCCACAUUUUCUUCCUGAUUUUUGUUCACACUGCUUUUGAAUAAAUUAUAAGUAUUACUAAAUUUUCAUCUUGGGUCAAAAACUUGGCUACAAGGUCAAAUCAUGGGAAGAAAGGGUGUUUACAGGACAGGAGCUGAACAUUCUACCUUAUGAAAUUUUGUCAAAAUGUUUGAACAUUUGGUUAUCUGAGGUAAGAACUAGGUUGGGUCAACGAUAAGCAGAUUUUCCCUACCCAGUUGUUAGAGUAGUCAGUAUGAAUAUUAGGUAUUUGCCAGGAAAAUUAUACAAGAAAACAUACAUGGUUUAUUUAUCAGCAAAAAGAAUAUCGUAAUAAUGCUUUGUAUACAUUUACACAUUUUUGUAGUGCCAGUCACUCACUUAAAUCAAAAUAGUAUCAUUGCCAAUGUUAGAAAGUAUUAAAAAAUUGCAUGUUUUGACAAAUACAUAACAAUAUCUUAAUACUUACAAAUUUCAUUUGUAUAUUAUUUCAUUUUUGUUCAUAACUGCUUAAAUAUAGGUGACCUCAACGUCAGGAAGCUGUUUAUUUCCAUGUUUUGAAAUAAAAUUUGAAUAGCAGUCUGAGAACACAGCAUUACCAUUGGUCAAUUUUAAAAUUGAGCUCAGAAACAGCCAACCAGAUGCUAGCAUUGUAGACUGGUCUCCAAACUCGUAGGAUUUUACAAGUCUGAGAAUGCAUACCAUUGGUCAAUUUUAAAAUUGAGUUCAGAAACAGCCAAUCAGAGGCUAGCAUUGUAGACUGCUCUCCAAACUCAUGGGAUUUUACAAGUCUAUGAAUGCAUACCAUUAGUAAAUUUCAAAAUUGAGCUCAGAAACAGCCAAUCAGAUGCUAGCAUUGUAGACUGGUCUCCAAACUUAUGGGAUUUUACAAGUCUGAGAAUGCAUAUCAUUGGUCAAUUUUAAAAUUGAGGUCAGAAACAGCCAACCAGAUGCUAGCAUUGUAGACUGGUCUCCAGACUUACGGGAUUUUAACAAUGGAGACAGACAAGUUGUACAUUCAGUCUUUGAUUUUUGUUAUAUUUUGGAGCUUACUAAGCUAACCUCAUGUAAAAAGCUUUGAGUAUAUAUCAGUUCACUACAAAAUCAUUGCAUUGUUUCAGCAUUUAUGCAAACAUUUUACAUAAACGAAAGAUUUUUAUCAGUUUCAAAUUAAUGAAAUGAUAAAGACUUUUUAAACAGAUUUUGUUUUAUUCAUACUAUUUCAGUUUUGAAAGAUAAAAAUACCCAUUUAAUGUGACAAAAGAAUUCUUUGAAAUUUCUGAACAAAAGAUAAUUUUUUCCGCUUUGCUAUAAUACAGUUACACAAUGUUUUUGGACCUACCUCAUAGUUAUAACACAUCAACAAAUCUGAGAACUGGAGAUUGGGUAGUAUUCAAUACUGUUCUAUUUUUGCUAAUUUUUGGUGAAUUAAAAAUGCUUGUGAAUUAUAAUCUUCAUCCAAUACUAGUGUUACGCGAAUUUGUAACACCGCAAAAAUGGGCUACUGACUUAAAUAGCUGUACAAAGCCUUUGGGAAAAUUCCCCAAUCUUCAGUAACUUUUCCAGGUUUACCAUAUAGCAGGGCUAGAAGCUUGAUAAAACUAAAAAAGUAAACUUUGCAGUACAUCUACAAAUUAAUACUGCUGUUAAAAAUUUAUUUUUUUGUUAUUAUUAUUUCAGAUAAAUUAAUUCAAUAUCAGAAAUCUCAACUUGGAAUUGUAAGCCUCAUGGACUUUAUAGAGAAUGAAAAGUAACUAAAUGAUUAUUAAAGCCAGAUUUCUUGAUAUCUAAACAGAAAAGUGUAUUCCCUUAUUGGUUUACUUUCUAUAUGAUAUUGUUUACUAGCAUAUUUUGUCAUAAGUUUCUAAUACUUACUUUCUCAAAAGGUUGGUAUUUACUAAAGAAACUUAGAUAUACUCAAAGCCAAAAGGUCUCAUAAAUAUUUAAGUUAACUUUAUUACAGUGUUAUCAUACAAAUUCCAUAAUUACAUGGAAGAUGUGGCAAUUUUGUGCUAAACCUUCAUAGUGCUAGCUGUAAACCCUUGUGUAUAAUUUAAUACAUACUUGUGUAUAAUUACACUCUUGUGUAUAAUUACAUUCUUGUGUAUAAUUAUGCCCAUGUGUAUAAUUAUGCCCUAAUGUAUAAUUACAUACUUGUGUACAAUUACACCCUAGUGUAUAAUUACAUACUUGUGUACAACUACACCCUAGGGUAUAAUUACAUCUUAGUGUAUAAUUACAUACUUAUGUAUAAUUACACCCUAGUGUAUAAUUACAUACUUGUGUAUUUAAUUACACCCUUGUGUAUAGUUGCAUACUUGGGUAUAAUUACACCCUUGUGUAUAAUUGCAUACUUGUGUAUAAUUACAGACUUGUGUGUAAUUACACCCUUGUGUAUAAUUACAUUCUUGUGUUUAAUUACACCCUUAUGUAUAAUUGCAUACUUGUGUAUAAUUACAUACUGGUGUAUAAUUGCAUACUUGUGUAUAAUUACAUACUUGUGUUUAAUUGCAUACUUGUGUAUUUUUACACACUAUUGUGUAUUAUAGAUUUGUUUCUUUCCUUUUUUAUUUGAACUAUGUUGUUUAACUUUGUUACUGUUUGUGUAUCUCUUUUUUUUUCUUAUAGGGCAAUAAAUUCAUGUUGUAGA